AUACUGGCACAUCUCCUCAUUGGAGGAGUCAGCCACAAGGAGAGGAAGGAAGGAUGAUUUUUACAUCACUAUCACAUCUGAUCAUAUCACGGCCAUUCUACUGCACUUCUACACAUUUGCUCCGUCUUGCGCAUUGUUCAAUAGCGAUAAGCUGUCAGUAAAGUAUACAGGUAGUUGAAGUACGUAAGCUUUUUACAUAUUUAAGAAUGUUCAACGCAAAGGAAGAACAAAAGUUACACGUUUUAUCUAUUCAGAGUCAUGUUGUGUACGGAUAUGUUGGGAACAAAAGUGCAACAUUCCCUUUGCAGCUACUGGGAUUUGAUGUCGAUGCAAUUAAUUCUGUACAGUUAUCAAACCAUACAGGGUACAAAGUCUUUAAAGGACAAGUAUUAAAUGCGCAAGAUUUAGAUGACUUGGUUGACGGACUGUCAACUAAUGAUUUAGAUAACUACAGUCACUUACUUACCGGAUAUGUUGGUUCUGCAUCUUUCCUGAGACGCAUUGCAAAACUGAUUCAUGUUUUGAAACAGAAAAAUCCAGAUUUAAUAUAUGUCUGUGAUCCUGUUAUGGGAGAUAACGGAAAGAUGUAUGUACCAGAAGAAUUGAAAGAAAUAUAUAAAAGUGAUAUAGUUCCGUUAGCCGAUAUUGUAACACCAAAUCAGUUUGAAUUGGAAGUUUUGACGCAGAAAAGUGCAAGUACUUUUGACGAAUUGAAAGAAGGCAUCAAGGAAUUACAUAAAAUGGGACCAAAAACUGUUGUAAUAUCCUCGACGGAUAUCGAUGGAAAGUUAACAGCCAUUGCUAGUUCAUUAAACGAGGAUUCUAUGCUUAAGAUUGAUAUACCAAAAAUUCCAACCAGCUUUACUGGAUCGGGUGAUCUUUUUGCAGCACUAUUUCUUGCUCAUUAUCAUUUGCAGAAGAACAUAAAAAGUGCCAUUGAAAUUGCCAUAAACACCUUACAUGAAGUUUUGCUUGACACUUUUAAAAAUGCUCAAGCUUUUCAAGACGAUAAAGUACAACAUGCAAGGAAAAUCGAAUUACGCCUAAUACAAAAUAAAGCGGUUAUAGAAAAGCCAGGUACAAAGCUUAUAGCUGAGCUAUUUUAAUGUAAAUUAAACAGAACACGAAAGGUUUAUUUAGUAGUCAAUUUUUAGAAUGAAAUUAUUUUCCUCGUGUAAAUAUAUAAGAAAAUGUGGGAUGGAAAAUGAAACAUUAGUUAUUAAAUGACCAGAUGUCUUCACUAUUGAUUUUAUUGUUUAAAUCAGAACAUAAUGAAGUAAAAUGAGUAAUGCAAUAUUUAAAAUAUCCAAUGAUAUCUGAUUGUAAUUCAAGAGUUUCAUAUGAAAUGAAAAUAUUCCCAAAAUUAGGAUGCGCUUAUGUAUACAUAAUAUAUUCCUAUAUACAGCUUUAUAUAUAUGAAUGUUAACGAAUGAUUAUAUAAUAAGGCGAUUAUUGUAAAUGGAUACUUAAUAAGUGUUUCUUGUGACCAAUUCUAUGUCUUCCAAGGAGAACAAAGGUUCCAAUACUAUACAUAAGCGAGGUUAUUCAAUUUGCUAAUUUAUAUGUAUAAAUAAAUAUAAUAUUAUCACUGUUUCCUGGUGAAACGCAUAAAUUCUUGGUAUAGUUACAUUAAAAAAAAUGACAAACACUUACUUAUGAUUAUAAAUAGAAAGGAGGAUAUGCUUACACAAAAUACAAUCAUAGAUGUAUAAAUCUAAAUCGUUGAAGAACAAUAAACCAAAAAUAUCUAUGUAUAUAAUACUAAUAGAUAUUACCACUAAGGAAGAAAAUUUA